AGCAUCUCUCUAUGCUCUGCUUCUAGGGUUUUAUAUAUAAACUCUUUGCCUCUUCCUCUUCUACCAGUUUAUUCCUUUCUCUCUUUCUACAUUUUUAUCCACCUCUAUAAACACCAAUUAACCUAAUCGAAUCGAAUCGAUCGGUGACAAUUCAACAAUUUCAAGAAAAAAAAGAAAAAGAAAAAAAGAAAACGUAUUAAAUUACAGGUUAAUUUGUGUUGUGGUGAAGAUUCUAGGGUUUGUGAUUUGGGGGAUUGUGAAUCCUGUUCGUUAAAGUUUCGAUUUUUCUUGAUUGAAUUCGAAGACGAUGACAACGAAUUGCAGAUCGGAAACCGUUUGAUCGCCGUUCACCGGCGAGCCGGUUCGCGGUUUUGAGGUUUUGUAUGGAAACUCGGAGCCGGAAGAGGGCGGAGGCCACCUCAUCAGCCCCUUCUUCUUCAUCUUCUGGUCCCACCACCCGUUCCAGCAAGCGAACUCGUCUCUCCGCCGCCGCAAACGCCGUUUCAUCGAUCUCGACUCGGUCCCGAGUGACUCGGUCACAAGACUCUUCUACUCCAAUGAAUUUGACCAAUGAAUCAUCUGGGUCUGGUAGUAGACGAGGAAAGAAUCCGGGGUUCGGAUGAAGGGAUAAUUGCGGAUAAAGCGGAGAAGAGAGAAGAACGACGAAAUUAGGGUGUAGGGAUAGAGAUAGGGAUGCUGAGAGGAGCUUAGGGUUGAACAUUGAUGGUGGUGGUGGUGGUGGAGAUGAUGAUGAUAAUGACAGCGAAGAUGGUGGUGGUGUUGGGAUUCUUCAUCAGAAUUUGACUUCUGCGAGCAGUGCACUUCAAGGGCUUCUUCGGAAAUUGGGGGCAGGGUUGGAUGAUUUGCUUCCAUCCCCGGCAAUGGGGUCGGCAUCGUCGUCCCAUCAGAGCGGGCGGCUCAAGAAGAUUUUAGCUGGGUUGAGGGCAGAUGGGGAGGAAGGGAAACAAAUUGAGGCUUUAACGCAGCUUUGUGAGAUGUUAUCUAUUGGGACUGAGGAGUCACUUAGUACUUUUUCAGUUGAUUCGUUUGCGCCAGUGCUCGUUGGGCUGCUUAACCACGAGAACAAUCCUGAUAUCAUGCUUCUUGCUGCCAGGGCACUGACUCAUUUGUGUGAUGUGCUUCCCUCGUCAUGUGUUGCGGUUGUGCAUUAUGGCGCAGUUUCGUGCUUUGUUGCUCGACUGCUGACAAUUGAGUACAUGGACUUGGCAGAGCAGUCACUUCAAGCUCUAAAGAAGAUUUCUCAGGAACACCCAACUGCUUGUUUGAGAGCAGGUGCUCUCAUGGCAGUGCUUUCAUAUCUUGACUUCUUCUCCACAGGAGUCCAGCGAGUAGCAUUGUCUACCGCGGCAAAUAUGUGCAAAAAACUUCCUUCAGAUGCAGCUGACUUUGUGAUGGAAGCUGUUCCUUUGUUGACAAACCUUCUUCAGUAUCAUGAUGCAAAAGUACUAGAGCAUGCGUCUGUCUGUUUGACUCGAAUUGCUGAGGCAUUUGCAUCAUCUCCCGAUAAGCUAGAUGAAUUAUGUAAUCAUGGACUGGUUACUCAAGCUGCCUCACUCAUUUCCACAAGCAAUUCUGGAGGUGGUCAAGCAUCUCUUAGCACACCUACAUACACGGGAUUAAUCCGACUGCUUUCGACAUGUGCAAAUGGGUCCCCUCUAGGAGCCAAAACUUUGCUACUCCUUGGCAUCAGUGGUAUUCUUAAGGAUAUAUUAUCAGGUUCUGGCCUUGUUGCUAGCAUAUCUGUUUCGGCUGCCUUAAGUAGACCACCAGAACAGAUUUUUGAGAUUGUGAACCUUGCAAACGAGCUUCUUCCCCCACUGCCUCAAGGGACCAUAUCUCUUCCAGCCAGCACUAAUCUAUUUGUUAAAGGAUCACUUUCAAAGAAGUCACCUGCUAGCAGUUCUGGAAAACAAGAAGAUACAAAUGGAAAUGUAACUGAGAUUUCAGCUCGUGAGAAGUUAUUGAAUGAUCAGCCAGAACUUCUGCAGCAAUUUGGAAUGGACCUUCUUCCAGUUGUAAUUCAGAUAUACGGAUCAAGUGUAAAUGGUCCUGUGCGGCACAAAUGUCUCUCGGUUAUUGGAAAAUUGAUGUACUUCAGCAGUGCAGAUAUGAUCCAGACUCUAAUAAGUGUCACAAACAUAUCAAGUUUUUUAGCUGGGGUUUUAGCAUGGAAAGAUCCACAAGUCUUGGUUCCGGCCCUUCAAAUAGCAGAGAUUCUAAUGGAAAAACUUCCUGAGACUUUCUCUAAGAUGUUUGUGAGGGAAGGUGUUGUUCAUGCUGUAGAUGCACUUAUAUUAGCUGGGCCUUCUACUACUGCUCCGUCCCAACCGUCUUCCAGUGAGAAGGAUAAUGAUUCUAUAUCCGGAACAUCCUCACGUAGACGGUAUAGGCGACGCAGUGGUAACUUGAAUGCAGAUUUACCCUCUGCUGAAGAUUCAAAAAAUCCAGUUCCAAUUAUUGGUUCACCUCCAAGCUCAGUAGAAAUUCCAACUGGUAACUCAAGUCUUCGUAUGGCAGUCAGUGCAUGUGCCAAACUUUUCAAAGAUAAAUACUUCCCUUCAGAUCCUGGGGCCACUGAAGUUGGAGUUACAGAUGAUCUUCUACUUUUAAAGAAUCUCUGCAUGAAGUUGAAUUCUGGUGUUGAUGAUCAAAAGGCUAAAUCAAAGGGGAAGUCUAAAGCUUCUGGAUCUCGCUUUGCUGAUAUUUCUGCUAGUAAAGAGGAGAACUUGGUUGGUGUGAUAUCUGAGAUGCUUGGAGAACUAAGCAAGGGGGAUGGUGUGUCCACUUUUGAGUUCACUGGGAGUGGAGUUGUGGCUGCUUUACUGAACUAUUUUUCUUGUGGAUACUUCUCCAAAGAGAGAAUUUCAGAAGCUAACCUUCCCAAGCUUCGCCAACAAGCAAUCAAAAGAUACAAGGCAUUCAUUGCAGUGGCUCUCCCUUGCAGUAUUGAUGAAGGAAGUGUGGCUCCUAUGAGUAUCUUAGUUCAAAAGCUUCAAAAUGCUUUGUCCUCCUUAGAGCGCUUUCCCGUUGUGUUGAGCCAUACUUCUCGGCCAUCUAGUGGAAAUGCACGUCUGUCUUACGGUCUGAGUGCAUUGUCCCAACCAUUUAAGUUGCGUCUAUGUAGAGCCCAAGGCGAAAAAUCACUCCGUGAUUAUUCUUCUAAUGUUGUAUUAAUUGAUCCAUUAGCAAGUUUAGCAGCUGUAGAAGACUUCCUUUGGCUCCGAGUCCAAAGAAGUGAGUCUGGGCAGAAGCCCUUAGCAUCUGCAGGGAACUCUGAGUCUGGGACCACACCUACUGGAGCUGGAAUUCCGUCACCGUCUACUUCUAUUCCUGCUUCCACCACUCGUCGCCAAUCUACUAGAUCCAGAUCAUCUGUUAAUAUUGGAGACACAGACAAGGAGUUGUCACUGGAGAAAAAUGCUAGCUCAUCAAAAGGGAAGGGUAAGGCUGUUUUGAAGCCUGCUCCAGAGGAGCCAAGGGGACCUCAAACAAGAAAUGCUACCCGCAGAAGAGCAGUUUUGGAUAAAGAUGCACAAAUGAAGCCCGUAACUGGAGACUCAAGUUCUGAGGAUGAGGAGAUUGACAUAUCUCCUGUUGAGAUUGAUGAUGCAUUGGUGAUUGAAGAUGAUGAUAUCUCGGAUGAAGAUGAAGACGAUGACCACGAUGAUGUACUGGGAGAUGAUUCUCUUCCCAUUUGCAUGCCCGAUAGAGUACAUGAUGUUAAAUUGGGUGAUCCAGCUGAUGAUAGUCUUGUUGCACCUGCAACAAGUGAUAGCCAGACUAACCCAGCUUCUGGAUCUAGUAGCAGGGCCACUACAGUUAGGGGCUCAGAUUCUACCGAGUUUAGGACAGCGAACUCUUUUGGUUCAAGGGGCGCAAUGUCAUUUGCUGCUGCUGCCAUGGCUGGGCUUGCAUCUGCCAAUGGUAGAGGCAUCAGGGGAGGCAGAGAUCGACAUGGGCGCCCUAUAUUUGGUUCUAAUGAACCUCCCAGGCUUCUUUUUUCUGCAGGUGGUAAGCAGCUUAACAGGCACUUGACCAUCUAUCAGGCUAUCCAACGGCAGCUUGUGCUAGAUGAGGAUGAUGAGGAGAGGUCUACCAGCACUGAUUUUGUAUCUAGCGAUGGAAGUAGGUUGUGGAGUGAUGUUUAUACUAUAACAUACCAAAGGGCAGACAGCCAGACUGAUAGGGGUUCGGUAGGAGGAUUGAAUUUGAAUUCUACAACAACUACAUCUAAAUCUACCAAAGUGGGGUCCACAUCGAAUUCCAACACCGAUUCUUCAUCACAAAGAUCAUCACUUCUCGAUAGUAUUUUGCAGGGGGAGCUUCCUUGUUCUCUGGAAAAAAACAAUUCUACUUAUAAUAUAUUAGCGCUGCUGCGUGUAUUAGAGGGUUUGAAUCAGCUUGCGCCCCGAUUGAGAGUCCAGGCGGUGACUGGCAGUUUUGCCAAAGGGAAGAUUUCAAGUCUAGACGAGCUUAGUGCUACUGGUGUCAGGGUUCCUCCUGAGGAAUUUAUUAAUAGUAAGCUCACCCCAAAAUUGGCUCGACAAAUCCAGGAUGCGCUUGCACUUUGUAGUGGAAGUCUUCCGUCCUGGUGUUACCAGUUGACAAAAGCAUGCCCAUUCUUGUUUCCUUUUGAGACUCGACGUCAGUACUUCUAUUCUACUGCUUUUGGGUUGUCACGGGCUUUAUAUCGGCUUCAGCAGCAGCAGGGUGCGGAUGGUCAAGGAUCAACCAGUGAAAGAGAGGUUAGGGUUGGGAGGUUGCAGCGCCAGAAAGUGCGUGUCUCUCGUAAUCGCAUUCUGGAUUCUGCUACAAAAGUUAUGGAGAUGUAUUCAAGCCAAAAGGCUGUUCUCGAAGUAGAAUAUUUCGGUGAAGUUGGCACUGGAUUGGGUCCUACUUUGGAGUUCUACACACUUCUAAGUCAUGAUUUACAAAAAGAGAGACUUGGAAUGUGGAGAUCAAAUUCUUCAUCAGGCAAACCUUCAAUGGAAGUAGAUGGAGAUGAACAAAAAAAUGGGAAAAUCAGUAAUGCCAUUCUGCCUGGAUCAGCUGGUGAUAAUGAUCUUGUUCAAGCUCCUCUUGGAUUGUUCCCUCGUCCUUGGCCCCCUAAUGCUGAUACUUGUGGUGGUAGCCAAUUUUCGAAAGUGGUUGAAUAUUUCCGGCUGGUUGGGCGUGUGAUCGCCAAAGCUCUUCAAGAUGGGCGGCUUUUGGACCUGCCAAUGUCAACAGCAUUUUAUAAGCUGGUGCUUGGUCAGGAGCUUGAUUUGUAUGACAUUCUUUCUUUUGAUGCUGAACUUGGGAAGACUUUGCAAGAACUGCAAGCCCUUGUUUUCCGGAAACAAUAUCUUGAAUCGAUGGGUGGUCACAGUUUUUGUGAAGAAAUCGAUGAUUUACGUUUUCGUGGGGCUUCAAUUGAAGAUCUCUGUUUGGAUUUCACCCUCCCUGGUUAUCCAGAUUAUGUCCUGAAACUGGGCGAAGAGAAUGUGGAUAUCGAUAAAUUGGAGGAGUACUUAUCCUUAGUGGUUGAUGCUACUGUCAAGACUGGAAUUAUGAGGCAAAUUGAAGCAUUUAAAGCUGGGUUUAAUCAAGUCUUCGACAUCUCAACUCUACAAAUAUUUUCUCCACAUGAAUUGGACUAUCUGCUUUGUGGCCGUAGAGAGCUGUGGGAGGCUGAUACACUUGUGGAUCACAUAAAAUUUGACCACGGAUACACUGCCAAAAGUCCUGCAAUUGUUAAUUUGCUUGAAAUUAUGGGAGAAUUCACUCCAGAGCAGCAACGGGCUUUCUGUCAGUUUGUUACCGGUGCACCUCGACUUCCUCCUGGUGGUCUGGCAGUGUUGAACCCGAAAUUGACAAUUGUGAGAAAGCAUUCUUCAACAGCUGGUAAUACAAUAUCCAAUGGGACUGGGUUAUCAGAAGCUGCAGAUGAUGACUUGCCGAGUGUAAUGACCUGUGCUAAUUAUCUCAAGCUUCCUCCCUACUCUACCAAGGAUAUUAUGUUCAAGAAACUACUCUAUGCAAUAAGUGAAGGGCAGGGAUCAUUUGAUUUGUCUUGAGUUUUCAAAACUAACCAAUUAAUUUGUGUGUAUCAUAUUGAAAGACUUUCGGGUUCUUUUCUUAAAUGGGCUAAUUUUGGUUUUGGAAGUAGCUUCUGUUCAUGCUGAAAAUAACGGCUUCUUUUUGGUGCUCUUGCUUUAAGUGGCGACAUAUUUGAGGACGAAUGAUGUAGACGCUUAUCGAAAGAUUGGAAUCAUGGAGGUUUUUUUUUUUUUUUUUUUUUCCUCUGCUGCAAGUGCUUUGUAAAUAAAUAGAAAUUUGUGAUUCUUAUCUUAUUUCAACUUACAUUGACCGUAUAAAUUUACACAUGGGCGGAGCUAUGCAUGAAGUGGUGGGUUCAAUAAACUUUGAAAUUUUUUUAUAGAAUUAUUAUGUAGUA